UAGUCURAAUUUGUGCUCAAACAUGCAUUUGAAAGAAGCCCUUUUCAUGACAUUGCUCACAACUUUUGUUUUUGUUGCUGAAGGAAACUUAGUUCGUCGUUCAUCGAAUAUUAAAACGAUGGAGAAUAAGCAGCUUUUAGGGUACGCUUUCAAACGUUUCAAUUCUGCCAGUAUGCUAUCGUGCGGUCAAGAAUGUUUGAGAUCCGCGUCGUGUUCUUCCACAAACUUCAAGUUUUUCUCCAAGAAGGAGGACGAAGGAGUUUGUGAACUGAACAAACACGACAUCUCCGUUGUAGACGAGAAAAACAACUUUGAUGAUCACGAAGGAGUAACAUUUUCUAUUUUCCUCAAGGGAUGUUUGUUCGCUAGCUGCCUUAACGGAGGAUCAUGUUUUCCCAGCAAAAAAAGCCAAACUUUUUCCUGCUUGUGCAAACUGCCUUGGACUGGUGAGAGAUGC